ACGUUAUAAGUGGGGGAGCGGUGGUGUAGUGGUUAGCGCUACGCUGCGCUACGAACCCGGCGACCCGAGAUCGAUUCCUGCUCAGGAUGAACACCAGUGACGAUUAUCUGAACGGGUCCUGGGUCUCGCAUAGGUCGACUCAGCCUCAAAUGAGUACCUGGUGCGGUGUGUAAAAACAUCGCCACUGGGGAAACAAAGGCGGUCGGGCGUGGUGUUUGGCCACCCACCCCCUCGUGUAACCGUCCCGUCCUUCAUAGGUGCUCGCUAACGGCACUUGCCCCAACAGUCGGUUGAGGCUAUACGGGGGAUCUUUGUAUCUGUGUGUGUUUUGUAACGUUAUAAGAAGAGUGCAUCAGCACGAGCGCACACUCGCCACUCUUCUUACUGGGUCAGGCGCCGGGCGUUCGUGCGCUCGCUCUCUCUCUCCUCCAUCGCUCUCCUCUCCCCUCGCUCCCCUCUCGCAUGCGAAGUGCCGAGAUUCGGGGAACGUGUUUGGGUUUUUUUCUUCUUCUUUUCUUCCGCUGUUGCUGCUGUGCGUGUGGGCUCCCUCACUCGGGGGGGACUGGAGAGUAUUUGAUACAGAGAGCGAGAGAGCAGAGAGAGAGAGAGCGGACAGAGGCGCCGUGGUGGUGGUGGUGGAAUGGGAUGGGUUUUCGGGGAGCGCAGUUGCACGGAUUCUUCAAUGGUUGAGUUUGGUUGGACUGAACUCUGCUGCUGCUGCUGCCGCGACUUCUGAGCUGAAGAGUUUGUGGAGAGGCUUGCGCCUCGGAAUGUAUCAAUCGUUCAAGGCUGCUGAAGGCCUGGAACGGGGGUGAUGCCUCCCCGAGGAUAUUAGCGCCUGCGACCGUCCGGUUUCGACGGAAGGCUCAAGACGAGCCGCCCGUGGCCGAUGGACGCACGCACGAACGCACGGAUGGACACACGCACGGACUGAUAGAGCGCCUCGCGCCGGAGGCGCUACGGCGUGCCGCGCUCUCCGCUGCCGCGAGGAGACGGGGGAGUGGCGGUCGGCGGCCCAAGUCGGUACGCGGCGGACGUCUGGAAGAUGCCCCCCGCCGCAUUCCAGCGACUUAGCGUCAGGGUGAACGGCUUCGACUUGUCGGCGGUCACGGGGAACAGAGGCAGAUUGCGGUCGUUCGUGCGUUGAGGAGCGCGCAUGCGUGCGUGCGUGCGCGCGUGCCUUCGAACACACGCGCGUGUGCGCGCGUUCACGUGCGUGCGCGUGUGUGCACGUGAGCGAAAAAGACGCAUGACCCUGGCAAGAUCGUCCGACGGACGGUACGCUACAUGCAGGCGCCUUCGAUCCCGCUCCGCCGAUAACGAGUUAUUUGCGUUGUCUCGCUGCGGCCGGAUCGAUCUGGCGUGUCGCAGUCCCCUGUAACGUCCCUCGUAAAACUCGCUCGCUAGACGGUCGUUUUUGGGGCGGGCUGCCGGUCGAUCGCGGUUCGCGUUGAUCUCGUGGGACGUAGUUGGACCGCUCCACCCCCCCCCCCCCCAUGCGCUUCUCAACGACAAUGAAGGGGCGCACCGACCAACCUCCUCCUCCCCCCCACACCAGUUUGGUCAACAAGUGGCACGGUGACCUCGCGCGUCGCGGCCGUCCAUGCCGGCCGUCGGCUUGGUGAGUCGUCGGACGCGUCGCGAGCAUAGGGGCCUAUCAACCCAACGAGUUCCACUACUGUUAGCUUUUUUGACUGUCUGGUGAUCGGUGGCAAUAUUUUUGGGUGCAUUAUAACAUAAAAUCAUAAGCAAUUUAAGGAGUGAACGGAAUUCCACAUUCCGAUGGCAGGACCAAGUCACCACACGAGGCAAGGCACAAUUGCAUUGGGGUGACAAGCAACGGAACAAACUUUCAGGGUCAUACUCCCAACGGAGAGCAGGUGUUUUUUUUUUCUUUCUCCAAACGGUUCAAUGACUCAAAGCCUCGCGGCAACGUAGAAUUUUUUUUUUUAAGUCCAGCCGGUUGACCGACUCGUCGGCCACCCGGCCGUCGGCGAGGCAAGAUGCCGAUCCUGACGAACAGCAAUGAGCCGGACCUGAGCGACGUGGGCAGCUUCACGGCUGUGCCGGCGAUCAUCCGCCAGCUGGGGCCGGUGGAGGAGCCGCCUGCCAAGGGGCUGCACUACCGCAUGGGCCGCCAGCUGCGGACCGGAGAGGCUCCCUUGCGCCAGCAGUCCGGACCACCCCGGCAGGUGAUCAUCAACGUGGGCGGCCUGCGGUUCUCCAUGCCGUGGACGACGCUGGACGAGGGCUGCCCCUCGGAGCGCCUGGGGCGACUGCGCUCCUGCAGCAGCCACGACGACCUGAUGGCGCUGUGCGACGACUACGACGUCGCCUGCAACGAGUUCUUCUUCGACCGCCACCCGGCCGCGUUCGGCGCCAUCGCCGCGUGCCUGCGCGCCGGCAAGCUGCGCGUGUCGCGGGGCACCUGCGCCCUCGCCUUCCGCGAGGAGCUCGCCUACUGGGGCGUGGACGAGGCGCGCCUCGAGUGGUGCUGCCGCCGCCGCCUCUACCAGAAGCAGGAGGAGGAGGCGGAGGCCAUGAGGCACCUCGAGGAGAUGGAGACGGAGCAGGGCCAGCAAGGGGCGGACAAGUUCGACGAGAUGGACGACAGCGGCGGCCCAGCGAGGACGCGGGCGGCCAGGCGCUUGAGCUGGCUCAUGAGCCGCCUACGCGACAUGGUGGAGGACCCCAGCUCGGGCCUCCCCGGGAAGAUCUUCGCCUUCCUCUCGGUGGUCUUCGUGGCCAUCACGGCCGUCAGCCUCUGCAUCAGCACCAUGCCCGACCUGCGGGCCGAGGAGGACAAGGGCGAGUGCUCGCAGAAGUGCCACGACAUCUUCGUGGUGGAGACGGUGUGCGUCGGCUGGUUCUCUUUCGAAUUCCUCCUGCGGCUCAUCCAGUCUCGCAGCAAGUGGCGCUUCCUGCGAGACCCGCUCAACUUAAUCGACGUGGCGGCCAUCCUGCCCUACUACGUGACGCUCGUCGUCGACUCGGUGUCCGACGGCCGCCCGCCCUCCAUGGGGAGCACCAACAUCUACCUGGAGAAGGUGGGGCUCGUGCUGCGCGUGCUGCGCGCGCUGCGCAUCCUCUACGUGAUGCGUCUCGCGCGGCACUCGCUCGGCCUGCAGACGCUGGGGCUCACGAUCCGGCGGUGCACGCGGGAACUUGGCCUCCUCCUCCUCUUCCUGUGCGUCGCCAUGGCGCUCUUCGCCCCCAUGGUCUACUUGGCGGAGAACGAGCUGGUCAUGGGGAGCGGCGGCGGCGGCGGUGGUGGUGGUGGCGGUGGCAGCGGUGCGUCUCGAGCAUCCGAAGCGCCACCCAGCGAGGAUUCCGGCAUCGGAGGAGGAGGAGGCAGCCGAGCCCACGAAUUCACGAGCAUCCCCGCCUGCUACUGGUGGGCCAUCAUCUCCAUGACCACGGUGGGCUACGGGGACAUGGUGCCGCGCAGCGUCGCCGGCCAAGUCGUGGCACUCAGCAGCAUCCUGAGCGGCAUUCUGCUCAUGGCGUUCCCCGUCACCUCCAUCUUCCACACCUUCUCGCGCUCCUACGUGGAGCUCAAGGAGGGCCAACUGCGCAACCUCCACCUGAAGCACCGCGUGGCGCUGCUCAAGGCGCAGGCGACGUCGCCGUCGCUCGACAGCUCCCAGUUCUCGGAGCCCCUCGGACAGCGCGGUGGCCUCAUCCCCAGCGGAUGAGCGGCGUCACGCCGCUGACGACAGCGAUGGUGAACAGUUUGCUGCUGCUGAUGAUGAUGCUGAUGAUGGUGAUGAUGGUGGUGAUGAUGGUGAUGAUGGUGGUGAUUGAUGGCGACGGUGGCGAUGAACGGUCCUUGCUUAUAAUGAUGACAAAGACGCUCCAGCUUCAGCUGAUGAUUAAUGAUGUUGUCAAUUAUGAACAUUUGCUAUUGCUGAUGCUGCCGCAACUGCUGUAUGAUGUUGAUUAUGAUAAUUAAAACGUGUUGCUGCUGUUCUUGAUCAUGAAUAACAGCUGCUGCUGAUGAUGAUUUUGCGACCGAUGAUGAUGAAUGAUGAUGGUGAUUAUUAGAGAUUAAUUUUGAUCUGGCAUGCCCAUCAACACACAAAGAUAUGCAAGACACAGAUCCCCCGUGUAGCCUUAGAGAACAUAGGGGCAUGUUCCCACAUGCAGAAAAUGUGACGUCUGGUGGAGUGGGACGGUGGCGUCGUGGUUAUCACAUUGCACGAUGAACCCGGUGACCUGGGUUUGAAUCUCGGCCAUGGCAAACAUUAGUGCCAAGUGACUUCUCAACCAGUCCCAGGCUCCCUUUGCAAUAAUCUGCAAUGACCAGCUUGGCUAAUUACGGUCAAAUAAUUUCACAACCGACACGGCGUAGGAAAGUUUUCUCAUGUUUGGAGUGGAUUUGCAAAGAGGCUAUCACUUUGGUUCUUUCGGUAAAGUCACGUAGGUGAAAGUGAAAACCUGGUCACGUAGGUGACUUUACCGCCCCCCCCCCCCUGCAUUCCUCCUCCCUGGCUCCUCCCCCCUCGUACCCUAUAUAAUAGCUUGUCACAAAUAGCUCUCUCUGCCCACUACAGUAAUUCUGUUUUUUGCUGUGGCUGUCCCACUUGAUGACGGAAGCUUGUGUUGCCUCGAAACGUCGUGAUUUAAUGUAGUUAUUUUUAUUUAUUUUUUAUUUUCACCUACGUGACUUUACCGAAAGAACCAAAGAGUUUGGAUCCUUGCAGUCAUGAAAACUUCAAAUCUAGAAUUAGGCUAUCACUUAUUAUCACGACGUAUUCAUGAUAUACGAUGAGUUUCGAGGGACCGCGCGAUACGCAUAUAAGCGUGGUUUAAAUUCAUCCGGGGUUUGUCUAGAUGGGUUAGCCCAGCACACCACAUCCAGUAGGCUUUUCGUGGCUACUCGUCACGUGCCGACACUCCAGUCUACCGGCGAUCCUGGGAAAUAUCCGGUGAGAAAUCAAACGUUCAUGAUGAUGAACCUCUGCUGCUGAUGGUGCUUCUGAUGAUGAUGAUGAUCAUGAAGAACAGCCGCAGCUGCUGCUAAUGCCCUGGGAUGUACGAAUGUAGUUUGGAGGUGACUGAUAGCACGUCUUUGACUGUGGCCACCUCGCAAAGCCGUUCAAGAGAAGUUCCAGGUUUUCACUUUCAAUGAAAGUACUUUGCGCCAUAGUCGCCGUUGUAAACAGACUGCGCCUUACAGUUUGAGACGUCUGCGUGAUGUUGCCCGAUGUUUCUGGCCACGAACCCCUCUUGUUGGCGCAAAGGCGAAAACCUACAGCCAUUGUGACACAAAACAUUCAGGAAAAUUCAUGAUAAAUUAUACGCUCACCAAAUAGAACUUUAUUUCUGUGUAAAACAACAAUUUUGGCGUGUUGGCAAGCUAUAAAACUUAUUUUGAAAAAUUGUGGUCACUGGUUUAAAUAGCUGUUUGGCACCUGCCAUUGCAUGGACUCCAAUGAUGAGAAAACUAAACACCCACCGCGUUUUGUGUUUAGUUUUCUGCCCUUCCUCCGCACCUCCAAUCAGCACGGUUGGCUACGUCGGGUGCGGAAGAAAUGCAACACACGUACGUACAAUGAGACUCCGGAGACGAGACUUUGCCCUGGACAUCCGUCGACUCAGAACAAAACAAACACACAAAAUCCGUGGAUCUUAUGGAUUUUGUGACAGUGAGUCUCGAUCUGACCCACGAGUUCAUGUCUUGGCACGAGCGAUUAGAUAACAUUUGACCUUCCGUGCCACAUGGCGACGGUUCUCUGCAAGAGGGCCGAUUGUAACGUCUCAUAAAGCGUGCAGACUCUUAAAAUAACAAAUACAGGAAUACCUCGAUAUACUAAGUAGGCGCGUUCCCAGGGCUUUCUAUCGUAUAUUGAAACUUCGUAUAUGGAAUCGCUUUUCACAUCAGUACUGUGAGGAUGCGUUCCCUGCCUUCAUAAAUCACCGUUUUAGAUCAUGUAAACGCUUCAUAACUUACCAUUCAUAUUGUAAACAAAGACAAUUUAUAUUGAAAAUAAUAUAAUAUUUUAUACUGUACAGUAUUUAACAAAAAUUGACAAACUUCGCAAUGCAAAAAGCUCAACAAUCUAUAUCUUAUAAUAAUUGUAUUUUACUUACAUAAUGCUGUAGAUCGAUAAAUGUAUUAUUUAUUCAUUUUAGUGUAAGCGUUAAUAAUUUUACUUUCUUUUCAGCUUUCUGUUCAAAGUAAUACAUCCAAAGUUCGUAAUACCGAGACUCCGUUUAUCGAAUUUACGCAUAUCGAGGUAUUCCUGUACUUUUUGUGAGGCCAUGACUUUAUUUUAUACGCAAAUCAUUGUACGUAUUGUAAAUACGCUGCACGUAUGUGGCGAAGUGGCUUUGCGCGUGUUUGUACAGACAUCUCGGUGUGUACAUAGGGGCGCGGGAGUGGCGGUGCAGCGGUCAGCGCGCUGCUCGGCGAAAACGGCGACUUGGGCUCCACUCGCGAUCACGGCCAACAUCGCCGAUACUAGAACCAGUUUCCUGGCCUCCCCUAGGUCGACUCAGCCUUAAAUGGGCGCUUAGUAUGGUGCGUAAAACAACAACAUCAGUGCCGGCGAGGCCGAUGCGACUGAAUGUGGCGUUCAUGGAAACACCACCCCCUCGUGUGCCGUGCGGGCCUUAAUAGGUGCUCGCUAACAAUGCAUUUGACCUUCUUGGUUCUUUCGGAAAAGUCACGUAGAAGGGAAGUAAUAAAAUAAUAAAAAUAAAACAUGAUAAAAUAAUUCUCACGACGUUUCGGCCACAACGCAAGCAGCCGUCCUCAGGUGAAGAAUGAAACACCACCAAGCUUGGAGCGUAUAUUUAAGCUGGGUUGGAGGGGGGAAGAAGAGCGCCUUGACAACAUAAUUUGCAUAUCAAGAGGAAUUUUUAUUGUUUUAUUUUUAUUAUUUUAUUAUUUCCCUUCUACGUGACUUUACCGAAAAAACCAACAAGAUGAAUCCCUGCAGUCACGAAAGCUUUAAAUCGAAAUUUAAGGCAUUUGACCUGAUGAUAAUCUGUCCCCUUAAAGGCUGAACGGGGAAACCUUUGCCUUCGCUUUGUGCCCUGUAUAUACUUGCACAAUGUACACGCUCGCGUACUGUAUAUAUAUACAGAUGCAGAGGCAGGCGUGCAGCGUGGGUCGGUGAGAUGUCUCGUGCGACCCCCCCAGACGCUCGCGGGAGAGGGGACAAACAAACAAAUAAACACGCGUGGAAGGGUGCCGGGACACGUUACCUCGCGUCGGCGGGAUGUUGACUCCCUCGUCUGGUAUACAGGAGGUCGUGGGUUCGAUCCCGAGCCCGACGAUGCCUGCUGUAUAUUUGGAGUUUGCAUGUCGCUCUCUCUCAUCAUCAUCACGGUGACCAGGAGAUGUUAACUCCCUCGCCUGGUAUACAGAAGGUCGUGGGUUCGAACCCGAGCCUGACGAUGCCUGCUGUUUAUAUGGAGUUUGCGUGUCGCUCUCUCAUCAUGAUCACGGUGGCUAGGAUAUGUUAACUCCCUCGCCCGGUAUACAAGAGGUCGUGGGUUCGAUCCCGAGCCUGACGAUGCCUGCUGUAUAUUUGGAGUUUGCGUGUCGCUCUCUCUCAUCAUCAUCACGGUGGCCAGGAGAUGUUAACUCCCUCGCCCGGUAUACAGGAGGUCGUGGGUUCGAUCCCGAGCCCGACGAUCCCUGCUGUAUAUGUAGAGUUUGCGUGUCGCUCUCUCACCAUCAUCACGGUGGCCAGGAGAUGUUAACUCCCUCGCCCGGUAUACAGGAGGUCGUGGGUUCGAUCCCGAGCCCGACGAUCCCUGCUGUAUAUGUAGAGUUUGCGUGUGUGUCUCUCUCUCUCCCUCCCCGUGGUCGCGUGGAUUUUUCUCCGGGUCCUCCUGUUUUUCAUUCCGCAUUUGUAAUCAACGUCAGGCGUUUAGAGUCUUUGGCUGCAGUAAAUGUCCACAUGAUGAUACACCACUUCCUUGAGCUCUCACUAUUAUUUGUGGCCGGGUCGCUUUUGAAAGAGAGAUGUACACGUACAGCUCUGUGGGCCUCACCUGGUAAAAUAAAAAUAGAUUCAGUUUAGUUUAGUUUCCAUAAAAUAUGUUUUGUGAUUAUAUCAUGACAAUAUAAAUGUGUCGUUAAACCCACCACCACCCGACAGAAACAAUUAGUAAGGGACUUGUCACGUUAACAAAACGCGCCAAUUAGUAACUAUUCUUAGGUUACUAAUAGGGUUUUUCCCCUUUUUUCUGGCAACAAAACUGACACCUUGUUGCCAGAAAAAAAGGGGAAAAACCCUAUUAGUAUAUUUUGGUACUGGCAAAGGAGAUCCCAUGAUGAUAUUCUUAGGUUUUUUCGAUAA